AUGGUCAGUACGACGACAUUCAUCAGGAGUAUCAGAUCAGCCAUGAUUUUACGACUUUAUUACGUGAAAGACGUAUCCAUCAAGACAAAGAUACUCGGGGCCAUUCCAAAUUCAUACAUCAGGCCACUUCAAUCUAGACUUCAUGCUAUCAGCAAUCGGCAUAUUUCUAGCACCCCACAGUACUCUUCACGCCAGCUAUGGGGUCGAACUAUUCCCUACGAUCCCAUAGAGGCCCGAAAAGCCAAACCUCUCACGACCUGGAAUCAAAUUUAUAGCGUUCUUACGCGUAGGACAGCAAAGUGGUUUUACUCUGUCGCAACUUUGGGGAUUGUAAUAUUUUACAUUACACAUCUAGAGACCGUACCAGCUUCUGGCAGGACAAGAUUUAUGUUUUUUACAGCGAAAGAUGCAGAAGAAGAGGGCAAACGUAUUUAUCAAACAAUUAUGCGGGAAUCAAAAAAUGCCAUUUUACUACCCUCAGAUGCAAGGACGAGGCAAGUUAACCGAGUUCUACGAAGGCUUAUCACGGCAAAUAGUUUAGAACAUAUAGAUUGGGAAGUCAAUGUCAUACUUUCGAACGAAAAAAAUGCAUUCGUGAUUCCGGGAGGCAAGGUAUUUAUCAUGAGUGGUAUAUUGCCAAUAGCACAGACUGAUGCUGGUCUUGCUUCAGUCCUAAGCCACGAGAUAGCACACGGAAUAGCAAAUCACCAAGCUGAACGUAUGAGUAGCUCUUUUUUAAUUAUAUGGCCUCUACGUAUAGCUCUCUUCUUUUGCUUCGAUAUUUGGACUGGCGGAAUCUUAGGCAAUUUACUACUUGAAUACGGAGUAAAUAGACCCGCCUCGAGGACACAGGAGAGAGAAGCCGAUUAUAUAGGUUUGAUGAUGAUGGCAAAUGCAUGUUACGAUCCCAGUGCAGCAGUUGUAUUUUGGAAACGAAUAGAGCAGCUAGAAACGGCGCAUGGAAAGCUCGAUCUUACCUGGCUAUCCACCCAUCCUUCUACAAAUUCUCGAGCCGAACUGAUAAAAAAAUGGUUGCCAAGAGCUGAGGCUGUAAGAGAAAAGAAUAAUUGUGCGACUACAAAUCGUUAUUAUGAAGGAUUCAGGCCUUUAUUCCAACCCAUGACGUAUUAUUCAAGAUAA